AUGUCGAUGAUGCAUGCCGACAACCUGGCUCCUCAGCCUAUUACAGAUAUCUUCACUAGCGACACAUGCAUUGACCGGAGAAAAUGCCACCGGACAGUGCCGAUGAAGGUGCUUGCGCUUGGAGUGGGAAGAACUGGUACUGCUUCCCUCCGCAAGGCCCUUGAGAGAUUGGGAUACGUCAAAUGCUACCACAUGAUGUCCGCCAGCGUGGAGAACCCUCCUGACUGCCUGAUGUGGCACGAUGCUCUCUGCGCCAAGUACGACGGUGUGGGUGAGUUUGGCAGAAAGGAAUGGGACCAGUUGUUGGGAGACUGCCAGGCUGUCUGCGACUGGCCUGCUUGCGCCUUCGCCAAAGAGUUGAUCGAAGCCUAUCCCAACGCCAAAGUCAUUCUGUCGACCCGUGAUGUGGACUCGUGGCAUGCUUCCGUCAUGAAGACCGUUCACUGGCGUGUCACUGACCCCGAACACCGCUUCGUUUCCCACUUCAGCUGGGCUGCCAGCAUGUACUACCCCAUGCUGAACAAGUUCUUCGAAACGUUCUUCCGCGGUGACUUUCCCAACAAGGGCAAGCAGGUCUACCUCGAUCACGUGGAGGAGGUUCGCAGCCUGGUUCCCCCGGAGAGACUGCUCGAGUACCAGAUCAAGGACGGCUGGGGACCGCUGUGCGAGUUCCUGGGCGAGGAGGUCCCUGACACACCCUUCCCCCGUGGAAACGACAUGGCGGACUUCUUCAACCGCUGCCGCACUCGCAACAGGCGCCAGAUGAUGAACGCCGCUCUGCAGGCGUUCACCAUGGGUGGAGCCUUGCUGGCGACUGGAGUUGCCGCUGCCAUGAUUUUCAAGCGCUUCUCCCGGUAA